CUUAUGAUGUUUCGAUUAUCUGAUCAUAAAUCAUGUCACAAAGAUAUAUCACGUCCCAUAUAGAAUCUUAUGUCAAGAUUUGCCAACAACGAUACUCAACUUUUUUUUUUAUCUUGUACAAUAUAUGUCAUUCAAUGAAUCUCGAGUUUGGACGAACUCUUAACCAAUGAUGUUGCUCAGAUGACGACAACUUAGUUAGAAUUUUUUUAUAAAGGUACUUCAAUAUCAGAUAAAUUUGGUCAUCCCAAUUGAAAGUUUACUAUCUUAGUUUAUGAUCAUAUUUGUCGAUCAAGACACUCAAUUUAAUAUCUUAUACAAUAUGUAUCAAUUGUUAAUACAUAAAGUUUAAUUUUUGACUCACCCUCAACUCAUGGUCGUUGUUUAGAUGUUGGUUUAGAAUCUCUGUCCAAGAGACUCACACACUGUCGAGGGUUCUAAUCUUAACAUGGUCCAUUAGUGUAUAAUUUUCUAACUUAUCAAAUAUGCAUUUGCUAAAAUUUAUAUAUCUUUGGUGUUUGUUUUGGGAUAAAAAUUCCAUUACUUAUACUAAUAAUAUCUUCAUUUUAUUGGUGCAGUGCCACAUCCCUAAUCAAUAUCUAAGCAUGAUACUAUACUCUAAGUAAGAAAACGCUAUCAGAAUCACGAAUUAACCUGAUUUGUGGGCAUGAUACUAUACCCUAACCCUUGAUAAGUGAACCCGAGGUCUUAGUUAUCUAAAUCAUAGAGCUUAACCCCUAAGAUUGUGAAGGUAAUUUGUUGCAUAUAUUUUUUUCCGAAUCAUGACCGUUGAUUUUUGUUUAUAAUUAAACUUAUCUUAGUGUAUGAGAUUUAUAAAUUUAAGACCUAGAUUUUAAUCUUUAAGGCUUUGAGAAUAAUACCAUAUGUCAUACUCUAGUCAAUUCAAGGUCUAUAUAUCGUUUUCUUACUCAAGGUAUGUCAUAAUAUACAUAUACAAAUAUAAAGAGUUUAAUAUAUUUUAAGUGUAAUUAACACCUUUGUUUGACCGAAAUAUGUAAACUGUUCAGAAAAAUAAGGGGAAAUAUGAACAAAUGUAAGAGAAAAUAAGGUAUGGAAACAUGCAUUAUAAGAGAGAAGAAAAGUUGUAUUUCUUUAUUGCCUUCAUUUGUACAAUCAGGUACUACAUUAUGGCUUCGUCAUGUUUCUUUUAAAAUGGAAAAAAAACUUUUGAAGUAUUUUGCUAUUUAAUACUUGUUUUUGUUGAUAGAUACAAAUAUUAGAAAAAGAUAGUGUUUGAUAACCAAAAACAUAAAAUUAUAUAGUUGGUUUUUCAAAUUCAAUUGAUUAUUAAAUGUUGAUUAUCUAAACUUCACUAUAUUAAGUUCUAAUAAAAAUAUAAAUUAAUUGAUCAUAUUUAAUCAAAUAUAUAUUUUUUUUAAAAUUACAAUAUAUGUCACUCUCCAAACGUAAGUAUACUGCUGUUACACAUAUAUAUUGCAAAAAUAUUAUUGAAUAAAAAAAGAAAAAAUUAAAAGAAGAUAGAGAUAGCUACAUAAAUGAUCAUUAAAAUAAAAGAAAAAUAUUUAAAGAAGAUAGAUAUAGCUACACUAAUUGAUCAUUAAUUAACUUUUUUGUUUGUAAAAAAAAUGUCCACCAUGACACCUUGUAAAUUCUCCAAAUGCUUAUGUGCCAACAAACUACUUUUGAAUUGCCAUAAUAUUAUGUAUUAGAUAGAUAUGAGACGAAAAAUUCUUAACUAUUAGGAUUAAUCAAAUGAAUAACUACGAAGAUUCAGGUGUGAUGUUUCAAACAGGGAAUUUGAUAGGAAAUGCAUUCAAGCUUUCUAAUAAGUACUUUAGUAGUUCAUAUGGAAAUAAUAGAAAGGAAUUUGUAAUUAAUUUGUUUCUAAAUGGUCCACUAUAUUUAAAAUAUAGGGUAAAUACAAUAUAUUAGCCACAACUAUUAUGAAGCGGAGAAUUGUAACAAUUAUGGAAAUUCAAAUUAUUAGCCAAACGUUAACUAUCUGUUAACAAUUUCGUUAGUAAUAUUGACUAAACUUUUAUAUUUUAAAGUUAUAAAUUAAAAGCAGUCCGACGUGGCUACUGCCGUGGCAGAUGACGUGCUCUUCUCUCCGUUAAAAAUUCAAUAACAGUAACGGACAGUUAACCAUAUCUUGACCCGCAACAAUAAUUAUGAAUAAUAAUUUAAAUUUUCAUAAUUGUGACUAUAAUUCCCCACUUCAUAAUAGUUGUGGCUAAUAUAUUAUAUUUACCCUAAAAUAUAAAAAACAAAGGAUAAUUUAUGGGACUUUGCUACGGUGACAUGCAUGUCAUGGUGACAUGCACUUUUCGUUCGACCUCAUAUAGGAUUAGGUCGACCUAAUCUGUUGUUUAAGUGUAAAAACAGUUUCAUGGUGCCUACUUUGGAGAUUCAUAUCUUACAAUUGGCUAGAUGGAAAUUGGAGAUUAAAGGCUUGUUUUGAAGCUGAAGUGUCCCUCUACACAUUAAAGUACUUGACAGCUUAAUAGAAAGUCCAGAAGACCAUGUUUGAACCUGACCAAAAGGCUAUGCCAAAACUGGGAAACUGCCUGAAAAUGGCUAAGUCUGGCAACGUGUUUGUCAAGCCUACUUUCACUACAACAAAUUCGGCCUAUUAUGACGAAGCAAAUUUGUCAUAUUAGAUAGUGAUUUUGUCAAAUUAGGUAUAAUAUGACAAAAGGUGUUGUCACAAAUGUUUGUCAUUUUAUCGCCGUCAAGAUAGGUCAAAUGUGACAAAAAUUUAAAACAAGGUUGUCACAUUUGCUUUCAGUAUAGCUGAGGUUUUGGGUAAUCUAUUGUGACAAACAGAGAUGUUAUGACGACAUAUUUUGUCAUUACGAUUGUCAUAAUCUGGUGAUUUGGGGUGAAUUGUUCGUCACAUUACAUGAGUAUAUUUUGUCAUAACUGUAUAUUGUGACGACUGCAUCUGUCACAAGUGUUUAUUGUGACAACAUUAUUUUGUCAUAGUUGAAUAUUAUAAUUAAUAUAUUUUGUGCUUCAAAAAUUUCAUAAUUCGAAAUUGUUUUCUGCAUUGGAACCUGAUAAUGGAAAGAUUACCAAAAACCCUAAACAUUACAACCAUUUCCAUAGCAGUCUAACCUGCCACUCUCGUACAACAAUUAACAAGAGCAAUGGCAAAUUACAUUACAACCUCUAAUCUAUUGAACACAGACAAAUAAGGUCAAGACUAGAUCGAGGAUGUUAGGAUUGGCUUCCCGGUCGCUGUCAUCGAGGAUUUAGAUCUUGAACCUCGCUCUAGCUCGUCGUCUGUGGUCUAGAGAAGGGACUAGAGGAAUGACCGAUUUUACCCACCGCUGCUACUGGCCAGUAUUGUCGCCAACGAUUCCUUUUCCAACUUUCCUCUCCUCGCAUGAAACCUCCACCAAAAAACCCAGAACGCAAAAUAAAACGAUUAGAAUCCUAAAACACCCCAACAAGUAUCGGAAAAAAAUACAUGCAUUAAUCUUACCUCUGUAGCCAGUAUCAUCGGCGUCAUAACCAGAACAAAGAAAAGGCGAAGCUAGAUCUAGAGAGGGGAAAGGAGAUUUUGAUUUUUGUUUAUCGCAAAGAGGCAGCGACAGAUUGAGAAAGCUAGGGUUUCAGAUUUCCUUUUUUUUUUUCUUCUUCUUCUUCUUCUUUGUUUUGUUUGAUCUUCCAAGUAGAGAGAACGAUAGGGAGAGGUGAGGUUGAUUGACCUUCAAUGUACUGACGUCGUCAUUGCCAUCUUUGUCGGCAUUCAUCGCCGUCGUGCCCUUCGAUACCGCCGCCCUUUCGUCUCUCUUCAGUUUCAUCUUUGACAAAGAGAAGGGAGGGAGAUUAGGUUAGAUUGAGAAAUCAAAGAGGCAGAUUGAAUCGUUUUUUAGAAGAGAUGGAGAGGGGGGAAGUAUCUUUGCUCGAUCUGAAAAGGGGAUGGAAAGAAUAGAUCGAAGAGAAGGAGAGAAGGAAAGAAUAGAUAGAAGUUUGCUUUGUUUUCUAGAGAAAAUGAAGAAUGAAUCGAGAGAAGUGAGAGGCUGAGCGGCAGAGAUGUUAAGAGGAAAAUGGUUAGGGUUUUUUUUGCUAGAGUUUAAGAGAUGCUUAUAUACCUCUGGUCGUAUAAAGCACGUAUUAUACUUGUAUAACACAUUUAACAUCCGUAUUUCUUGAAUUAAAUUAUAUCUCAGAUAUUAUAUAGAUAUUUAUUUAUUUUAAAUAAUUGAAUAUAUACUUUUUAUGUUAACAUUUACAGACCAAAGCCGAAACAACUAUAUUAUGACGAACAUGCCCUUUUGUCAGCUCGUCGUGGGACUAUUGAUAUCUAUUGUAACAAAAUACUUUGUCAUUUAAACAAUUCAGGAAGACAUAAUAUGACAAACACUACUCUGACGAUAUAAUUUGUCACUUUUGUGUCUCUUACAUCCCUAUAUGGGAUGCCUAUUUUGACAAACUUAACUAUGACACGAAAUAUUUGUCACAUUACUCACUUUAAAUGACGAAAUAUUCUGACAACAGGAAAUUGUCACUGUUGAGUCUCUUACAUCCCGAUAUGGGACGCCUAUUUUGACAAAAUUAAUUGCGACACGAAAUAUUUGUCACAUUACUCACUUUAAAUGACGACUUAUUCUGACCAAUUUUAUUUUUGUCACAUUAGGCAAACCAAAUAUGACAUAUAUUAUUUUAGUCAUAUCAUCGUACCUAUUGUGACAAACAGAAAAUGACAAAAUAAAAUUUUUGUCCUAAUAGGCCGAAUUUGUUGUAGUGUUUGGAGCUCAAUUUGAGAAGCAUGGAUGCAAGUCAAGUCGAGGGGCCUCUACCACGUUAAAUUACAUAUUUUAUUAUACAAAGGCAAGGCUUUGGAUGAAAGAUUGAAUAUCUUUAAAACUUCAAACAAAAGGCUCGAAGUUGCUACGAAGGCUGUUUUUCUGGCAGCUUGCUUGUGCUCGAAGUCUGCCAGAAAAACAACCUUCGUAGCAACUUCGACCCUUUUGUUUGAAGCCUUACAGAUAUCCAAUCUUUCAUCCAAUGCCUUGAAUUUGUAUAAGAACAUACCUAAUUUAACGUGGUAGAGGCUCCUGGACUCGACUCGCAUUCAUGCUUCUCGAAUUGAGCUCCAAAAUAGGCUUCACAAACACGUUGCUAGACUUAGCCAUUUCCAGGCAGUUUCCCAGUUUUGGCAUAGCCUUUUGAUGAGGUUCAAAAAUGGUCUUCUGGACUUCCUAUCGAGCUCUCUUCCACUUCAAUAUGUAGAGGGACAAUCCAGCUUCAAAACAAGUCAUUAGUCUUCAAUUUCCAUCUAGCCAAUUGUAUGAUAUGAAUAUCCAAAGUAGGCACCAUGAACUGUUUUUACACUGAAACAACAGAUUAGGUCGACCGAAUCCUAAAUGAGGUCGACCAGAUCCUAUAUGAGGUCGACCGAAUUCUAAAUAAGGUCGACCUAAUCCUAACUGAGAUCGACCGGAAAGUGCAAGUCACCGUGAUAUGCAUGUCACCGUAGGCACGACCAACUUAAAUCACAAUUCUCUAACGACAAUGGCGACACUAACUACUGUGGCCGCCAACAAACCGGUGAAUAUGCCGGUGCAAAGCGGAGACACAUUUAGAGACGAAAACUGCGAUGGCAACUGCUGGAUUUUCCUUCAACAGCAGCAGUCUCCUGCUUAAAUUUCUACGGAACACCUCCCCCUCCAGCUUCUCCGAAUGCCACCAGGAUCCCAUUCCCCCCUAAUUCCCGAAACCCUAGUUCCUGCGUUUUUUUAUUUUCUGAGCUCCUUUCUCAAGGUACCGCCUUUCUAUUCUGGUUUUCGGUUUCUUCUCUUUUCUUUCGAUGCCAAUUGUUUAUCGGUUUCGAUUUCUGCCUCUUUUUCCGUGUGGGUGUAUGCUCCACUUCAUUUUUACGUACUUCUCCCAAAGGGAUUUUUUUAACUUUGUGUCGUUAAAGAUGAUUGAGCUUGGUUCGAGUUAGCAGAGGGAGAGAUUCAUUCUUUUUUCUUCUAAAAAAGUUCAAGCUUUCUGUCUGGUUUUGUAACAGGUGAAUGAGCAGAGGAGUUAGGGAACCAAGGGGAAGCACACUACUUGAAUUCUCUUGUUUGCAGUGAUGAAAAUCAGGCGGAAGCGUGCCGCCCCAAAGGCCAAGAGUGUGCAGAAGAAGAAAGCUCCUGCUGCUGCUGUAGCUCCUCCAAGUCCAGUCCCCGCCUCCCCAGAAGAUCAUAAUGGCAUAGAGACUCUUGCUGCGGCCACAGAGACUUUUGCUGCUGCCCCCGAGCAAUUUCUUGCUGCAGCCAGGGCGCCUCUAUAUGCUGCUCCACCCCCUCCCACUGCUUCUGGGGCACUUAAUGCCAAUAAGAAGGCAUUCUUGAACCUUGUCGGCCAGAUUGCCCAAGAAAGUCUUCGAAUGGACAAAACUAGUGAUGUCGGCCACCAGGGAGUUCGUUCUGGCCAUCGUUUUAGUUCAUCUUCUUCUUCAUCAUCAAGUGGAGAUGACAACUCUUUCCGUGUUCAUGGUUGUAAUAGGGGCAUGGUGGUGGAGCAGGGGAUUGAGUGGAGGGGUGAUAUAUCACGGAGCCAGCAUGGUCGACCUACAGAAGGUGAGGCCGUGCAGAUUGGUAGCAGUUUACACGUCACAUCAUUGAGCGGAUUGCAUCCUUGGAGCAGUAAAGACAGGAAAUCGAAGAAGUCAUGCCAUGAUCCCCGAUACAAUGACAAAGAACUAAAUAUUUGCUUAGGAGUGAUUAAGAAGAUCAUGGAUAUGGAUGAAGCUGCAUCAUUUAGCGCUCCUGUUGAUCCUGUUCCCUUGGGGUUUCCUAGUCGUGUAGAUAUACCUAUGGAUUUUGGAACAAUAUGUAGCAAUCUUCAGAAUGGUUUCAAGUACCUAAAUUCUGAUGAUGUAUACAAGGAUGUUGAAUGCAUUUGGGCACAAUGUUUGAAGUAUAACAAGAAAGGUGACUAUAUUGUGUACCUUAUGAAGAGAGUGAAGAAGAAGUUUCUCAAAUACUGGACAUCAGCCGGCCUGCGUACUGAAAUGCAAAAGCCUACUGGCCAACUUGAGUUUUUGACUAGUAACGGUCAAAUGAUGGGUCGAAUCAGUGUCAGCCCAUCAAACUAUGGUCACCAGGAUCAGGUCAAACCACCAAGCUAUAGUCACCAUGCUCAGGUGCCUCCUUCAAGCUAUAAUCACCAUGUGCGUCCAUCAAGCUAUAGUUACCAGACUCAGGUGCCUCCAUCAAGCUACGAACACCACUCUCAGGUGCCUCCGUCAAUCUACAACCACCACUCUCAGGUGCAUCCGUCAAGCUACAACCACCAGUCACCAGCUCAGGUGCGGCCAUCAGGCUACAUCCACCAGUCACUAGGCGAGGUGCGUCCAUCUGGCUACAGUCACCAGGCUCAGGGGUCUCCAUCAAGCUUCAACCACGAUGUGCAGGUGCCUCCAUCAAGCUUCCACCAAAGGACUCCUGUCCCUCCAUCAAGCUAUGAUUACCAGGCUCAGGUGCCUCCAUCAAGCUCCAACUACAAGGUUCGGGUGCCUCCAUCGAGCUACAGCCCUGAGGUUCAGGAGCCUCCAUCAAGCUACGACCACCACUCUCAGCUGCAUCCAUCAAGCUACAGUCAACUGGCUCAGGUGCCUCCAUCAAACUACAAGGCUCAGGUGCCUCCAUCAAGCUACAGUCACCAUUCUCAAUUACCUCAACUUCAGCCAACCACAAAUGAGUCGCCAAAAUUACUAGAGCUGCAACCUAGAAUCAAUGCAGAGUAUGCAGGAUAUUUGGAUGUACCCUCUGCGUAUUCUGUUAGGAAGCGAAAGAAAGAUUCAGCUCGGGCUUCUAUCAGGGCUAAGUCAAGCCGUUCUAAGCAUCAGUCAAAAUCAACCCUACAUUAUCAGAGACGUCACACGAGAAGUCCUAGUCAGCAACAGCCAUCUCCGUCUCUUGUUCAAGAGAACGACGACACACGAUCUCCAGACGGUCUGCUUGGUAGGAGUGAUUUGGGGCAAAAUGGAUUUGUGUCCACAGCUGUAGUUAACCCCAUAGAGACUAGCCAGAGCCAACUUCAACCACAAAAACCUCCGGUUGGUCAUAGCCAUGAACAUCGGUCACAGAUACCUGAGGGAAAUAUUGGACAGCCACAACACUCUGAGUGGUUUGCUUCUGCUUCACAUGCAGGAGAUAUGAAUGGAUUGGAGAGGGACGUGAGACAGAAUGAAGCAUGUUCUAAUAAUUGUCCGACGGAAACUGCAACCCCCUCCUUCCAGCACUCUCCUUCCCUGCAUCAGCAGUAUGAAGACCACAGCAGCCCAGGCAGGCUGGAAGAGGGUGCACCUAGCUCAAGAAAGCGAAAACGAGAUCUGCCCUAUCGUCGCGCUGCAUGGGACACGCCUGAUGGUAGAAAAAUGGUUGUUCCCCUGAAUGAUUUGGGACAAGCAAUAGGCUCUGAAGGAAGAAAACUGGCUUCCUUUCUGGGAACCUUGGCACGGGAUGGUAACUUGGCUCCUGUUACUCUUGUGCACUGGUCCAGAGUGCCAAAGGCCAACAAAGAAACCAUGUGGCUGAUGGUUCAGGCAAAGUUUGAGAUUGAUCCAGUAAUUGGGAAAUCGUGGGUGAUGAAGUCUCUUUCUACAAAAUGGAGGAACUGGAAAGCAAGGUUGAAGGCAGACUAUUACUCGUACAAGACUGAUGAAGAGCGUAUGAGGAAUCUUGACAAGAGAGUGCUUCCCGAUCAAUGGCCAAUUCUCAUAUCCUAUUGGAACAAGGAAGACGUGCAGUUGUAUGCUGCUAGGCAGAAGGCAAAUCGUGCCAAUCUUAAAGGCGGACACACCUCUGGUUCAAAGAGUUAUGCGACCUUAAGGGAGGAAGAGCGUGCGAAAAGGGCUGAUGGGAAGGCCCCUACUAGGGCAGAGUUGUAUGUGCUGACCCAUACACGAAAGGAUGGAAAUCCUGUCAGUGAAAAAGCCGCAGAAGUGAUCGCAAAACUGCAAGAAAAAGCUUCUGAGAAGCAGCAGGAUUCAGAAGCCAGUGAUAGUUCUCGUGACACAUUCCGUGAUGUAAUGGGUGAAGAAAAGAACAGUCAUGUGCGCAUGUGUGGUCUGGGACCUACCCCUAACACUCUAUACGGCCGAAAGUGUGGCCAUAUCCAGUUUGCAAAGAUGGCCAUGGAGGCCAAAAAGCAAGCAGAUGAUGAAGCAAACAAGGUUUAUAAUAAAGUGGAGGUAAUUGAGCAAAAGUACAACUCCAUGGAAGCUCAGAUUGCUAGGAUGAACGCAAACAUGGAGCUUAUGCUCGGGAAGAUGGGUGUACCACCUGUAAUGUCAAUAUCGACACACUCAGACCAGGUUGAUCAGCACACAGGUGCUCGGGAGAAUCCACAUCAGCCAGAAAAACCAUCAUCAUCUGAGUCAUGUAGCUGAUAAGGUCCUAACAUCUUGCUCCUGAGUUUCAACAGUUGAACUGCAUGGGUGUUCUUACUCGAUUACUUUUCUCAGAUCCAAUGGGGCACACAAAGCUAUAAACAUGUAUUUAUGUGUGAGAGAGUGUUCAUGAGCCACUCUCUUUGAGCCUGUAUAAUUUCUCACAAGGUGUAGCCGACUCACGAUGUGACAUUCAAAAUUUGCCUCUGUAGUAUCGACUCGAUCAUCCAAGCGUUUGUGAAAGUAUCACUAGGGCACCAUUAUGCUCAACAUUCAUUGAUUUAUAUGCAUUCUAACAAACAUGUGCUUACAUUACUCAUCUUGGUUGAUGCUCUGACAGACAUGAACCCUGAAUCUUACCAAAUAAAAAGGGUUCAUUCAAAUUGACAUUCUAGCGGAAUUUCUUCCAGUUAGAUAAGGCACCAUCUUGACAGAAUGUGGAAUCAAUCUUCCCAAGCAUAUAUUUGAAACUAGUUGCUUGGUUGGUCAGACCAGCAUCACCUAAUUGCUUCUGCCUCCUUCAUAGUUCUUUCUCAACAUUGCCACUAUUUUUAUGGUAGGAGGUUGACUAAGGCAUGUCCCCUCCAAUGUAGGGCAAAUACCUUGCUAGGUCCCCUACAUGUGUUCCAUAAAUCCAAGGCAGCAGCAUGUCCCUUCCAAUUGUGGCUGUUGUUGUAGGACAUGGUACCCCUAAAUACCUCUCAUCUCCCUCACAUCUGUGCUGUAGUUAUGUGGAAUUGUGGAUAGAUCCAUAUAUGGAUAUGACAUCACUAAGCUUCACCAUACAAUCAAUAUGGAUAUGACAC